AUGAGUCGUUUUGCUGCUGUGAAAAGAGUUACCAACGAAACUUCUAUUCAGAUUGUCCUAGAUAUUGAUGGAGGCCCAAUCACUGUUGAGGAAUCGAUUUUCAAAGGCGACAAAAAAAUCAACUAUGGUGAGCUAAUUCAAAAAAGCUCAAGCUCUGGCUCAACCCAAUUUAUUUAUAUUAAUACAGGUCUUGGUUUUUUGGAUCAUAUGUUAAGUGCUCUAUCCAAGCAUGCUGGAUGGUCUAUAGUCAUUGAGUGUAUUGGAGAUUUGUGGAUCGAUGAUCACCAUACUGCUGAAGAUGUUGGUAUCACUUUGGGGUUGACAUUCCAUAAAGCUUUGGGUCAUGUCAAAGGUGUCAAACGUUUUGGUACUGGUUUUGCUCCAUUAGACGAGGCUUUAUCAAGAUCUAUUGUUGAUUUAUCAAACAGACCAUAUUCUGUGAUUGAAUUGGGUUUAAAACGAGAAAAAAUCGGCGAUUUAAGCUGUGAAAUGAUUCCACAUGUUUUGGAAAGUUUUGCUCAAGGUGCUUCAAUAACUCUACAUGUAGAUUGUUUAAGAGGCUUUAAUGACCAUCAUAGAGCAGAGAGUGCUUUCAAGUCGCUAGCGAUAGCAUUAAAAGAAGCAACUUCCAAAACUGGGUCAAAUGACGUUCCCUCAACCAAGGGUGUUUUGUUUUAG